AUGGACUGGUCACGACGUCAUCGAUCAACUUAUUUAGUUUUAUUAAUAUUUCCAUAUUUAUGUAUUAUGUAUUCAUACUUUUUCAAAUCAUCAUCCAUCAACAAUUUAACACAAAUAAAACAGUUGUCUCCUUCACUAAAAACAACUUAUACUGGACGAGUUUUAGUUAUCUAUGUUUGGGCUAAUACAGAUGUACAAUCACUUGGUAAUCUUCAGUUUUUUAUUCGUUAUGGUGUUCAUCCAUCACAAUCAGCUGAUUAUUAUUUUAUUUUACAACAAGUUAAUAAAAAACUAGUGAAUGAAUCAGGUUUACCUAAACUUCCAUCUAAUGCACAUUAUAUUCAACAUGAAAAUGAAUGUUAUGAUUUUGGUACAGUUGGAUGGUUUCUUUCACAAAAUAUAAUAAAUACAAAUUUAUAUAAGUAUUUUAUCUUGAUGAAUGCAUCUGUACGUGGACCAUUUUUUGCUACUUACUUUGAUGAUGAACUCAUGUGGUGGUUUACCGUAUUUACUAAACGUUUAAAUGAUGAAAUAAAACUUGUUGGUUCAACAAUUAAUUGUGAGCAUAAACCACAUGUGCAAAGUUAUCUGCUAGCCACUGAUCAAGUCGGUUUGUCUAUAUUAACUGAUAAAAAAAGUGAAGUAUUUAUUUGUAAAAAAGGUUAUGAUGAUGCUGUUUUUAGUGGUGAAAUAGCUACUAGUCAACUUAUUCUUCAUGCUAAUUAUCAAACAGCAUCAUUACAAACGAAAUAUCAAGGUUGGGAUUUUCGUAAAAAAGAAACCUGGGGUUGUAAUAAUCAACUUAGUCCUAUAUAUAAUGAUAAAGCUAUUGAUGGCAUUAGUCAUGAUCCAUAUGAACUGGUAUUUGUUAAAUAUAAAGGUUUACCGCCAUUUGAUACCGAUCUUGAACGACGUGCAUUUGUCUAUCAAAAAUGUGAAAAUGUACCAACACAUUUACAAGCUGUAGCAAAUGGUGAGAAUGGUCAUACAGUUCUUUAUUAUUUGGAAUUUAUUAUUAAUGAUUUACAUCGUUCCUAA